AUGGAAGGCAAGGGCGGAGCAGUAGGUGAAAUAAGACGACUUAACAUCAUCUACUUCCUUUCUUGUAUGUGGCGAUUUGAUCAUCCCCAUCUCAUUCGUGUCGAUCAUCUUAACCGUAACGGGGUCUUUCUGCGAGACGUAAAGAGGUGGCUUGCGGAUUUCCAAGAAAAAGGCAAAUCAUGGCCAGAGACCUUCAAUUGGUCCUGCAAGAGGAGAUACAAGAAGGGUUAUGUUUGGCAGGACUUGUUAGAUGACGACCUCAUCACCCCUGUCUCUGACAAUGAAUAUAUCCUCAAAGGCUCCCAAAUGCUCUCUCAUUCCUGUUUUGUAAACAUCCAAGGAGAUUCCUCAACCAUCAAAACCAACGAUACAAAUCACGAACAAUCACCAAUAGAAAACUCGGGUUUCUGUUCCAACUUGUUAUUGAAGAAGAAGAAGAAGAAGAUUAAGUCGUCCGACGAGUACAAUAACAAAGACAGCAAAGAAAUGGGUUGUAGUACUACUAGUAAAUGUUCAUCUUCUUCUUCUCCACAUAAUUCAUCAUCACCUCAAUCUCAAUCUGAAUCUGUGCCUGUGGGAAAGAGUAGUAAGAGACGACACUUGAGCAUGUUCCGCAAUUUGAUUAACUGCGGUGCUGUGAACACGAACGACGCCGCACACGUCAGGUUGAAUCGGGACAGUAACAACAAUGACAGCAGCAAAGACAUUAUCAUUGGCAAAGAAAAGAGGGAUCAGAACGCAGGUACUGUUGGGUCUGCCGGACUCUUUAGGACAUGUAUGGAUCAGCAGAAGCACCAAAACCAUACUUGUACAACUGCUAGCAAAAGGGCCGAUGAUAGGAACCAAAAAGCAGCUGCUUCUGCUUACAAACCAAUACGUUGGCCCCAUUGCUCGUAA